AUGAUAGAUGAGAAGCUAUCCUUCCGUGAGCAUCUCGAUAGUGCAUGCAUAAAAGCUAGCAAGACGGUAUCCAACUUGUCAAGGAUUAUGGCUAACUGCAUGGGACCACAAACCCGAAAACGACGAGUCCUGCUUGAGGCAGUCCAUUCUGUACUGCUUUACGGAACAGAGAUAUGGGCGGAUAUCCUCAAGCAAAAGACUUAUCGGCGCAAAAUAGCGGCAGUGCAAAGAAGAGGAGCUCUGAGAGUUACCUGUGCCUAUCGCACAGUCUCAGAAGCAGCCGUGCUGGUAAUAGCAGGAGCCACACCGAUUGACUUGCUAGCUUUCGAGAGAGUGAAACUCUACGACGCUAAAUUAGGUGGUGACGAUUCCAGAGAAACAAGGUCGAGAAUUAAAAAUGAAACGAUACAAGAGUGGCAAAAUCGGUGGACGUCAGGAAAGACGGGCAGAUGA